AUGCGUUAUUCUUUUGCCCUUGUCCUCGCUGCUCUGGUAUCGGCCUCGUUGGCUGCACCCGCGAAACGGCAAUUCACCCCGGGACAGAACGUAAACCAGGGUUCUGAUCGCCCCGUUAUUUUGCAAGCAGAUGGUAGUGCUCUCGUCGACGGCAUACGUGCCGCCAACGACGACCUCGGAUCGCAGAUCGCUUGUCUCCUUGAUGAGAGAGAUUGCCUGAGUGCGGACAGGUCCUCCAGCGAAUGCACCAACGACCGUAUCGGGUGCCAGUCUGGCAACGCGCUCAACGGACUGGUCGCUCCGCUGAAUGCGGAGUCCGCAACACCUGGCAAGAGGAGCCUGAACGCACGCCAGUUCGCCACCGGCACAAAUGUCAAUCAGGGAUCAGACCGCCCGGUGAUCCAGCAGGCGGACGGGACUGUAUUUGUCGACAGCAUUCAUGCAGCUAAUGGCGACCUUGGUUCCCAAAUCGCCUGCCUAUUAGAUGAGAAAGAUUGUCUUGCAGCGGGGACAUCUUCCACCGAUUGCACGAAUCAGCGAAUCGGCUGCCAAUCGGGCAACGCGCUCAAUGGCUUGAGCGCAAAGAUGAACAAUGAAUCGGCUUAG